GCCCUGGGGCCUGUUGCACAAAAGUAGAAUUAAGACAUCCGGGAUAAAUGACUCAGCUGAGCUCAAUGAAGCCAAAACAUGUGCGUCCAGGCUUAAUUGGUUGCACAAAGACCAAGCCAGGAUGAGCAGACACGGAUUCAUUAAACCAGGUGAAACCAAUCCUGGAUAGGUGCGCGCUCACGGCUCACUCAAAUAGACCCCGCCACAGAUCACAGAUUAACUGAUUUACCAUGGCAACUAGAGCCGCGUACUUUUCCCCGUCGGAAGCACAAAUCCUCAUGGAGGCAUACGAGGAGGUAAAAGAUAUAAUUAAGAAGAAAGGCAACACCGCCACAGUGAUAAAGCAAAGAGAAAAAGCGUGGCAAAGUAUUGCAGACCGCCUGAAUGCAUUAAACAUGAACGGGCCAAAACGGACAUGGCAGCAGGUCAAAAUCAAAUACAAGAACAUUCUGCAGAAUGCAGUGAAAAAGAAUACCCACAGACAAGGCACGGGUGGUGGGUCACCAAAGGCUGACCUUACCCCAGCAGAGGACAUGGCCUUGGAGCUAAAUAAAGGCAGGCCCGUCUUAGAGGGGAUCCCUGGGGGGAAAGAGACGAGCAUAGGUUCCUCCCAAGAUGCCACCCGCUUCAUUCAAGUGCCUGGCAGCACUGUGUUCCUGUUAGAGCCACCAGCACAAGCACCAGACGAUGCUGAUCCAGGUGAAGGCCCCAGUGCAGCAGCAACAGCACAUGAUGGAGACGAUGAUGAGGAGGAGACCAUCUCUCUGGAUUCCAGAAGGCAUGAGGACCCAGAUGCUAUACAGUGGGAAAACCAGCCUGGCAACAUAAGCUCACAAGCUAUCAGAAAGUUGUAUGGCAACCACCUCCGGCGCCAAAUAGAACUGGCAGACAUAGACAUUCAGUACAAGAAGAAAAAGAUGGAAAAUCUUGCACUGGAGUCUGAAAUAAAAAAGAGGACAAUUAGGAAACUGGACCUUGAAAUAAAAAAAACUUGAGAGGGAGGUGAGAUAUGCCUUCAAUGUACACUGUAUGCUAACUGUAACACAAAUGUAUUAAUCAUUAUUUUUCUUUCCUCCCCCAGCUCCAAGAAGAUGACACAGCUCAAAAUAAAAAUGAGGUAUAUUCUCGUAAAGUCAAGUGAGCCAUGACAUAUGAGCUCUUAUUGUGAGCACACAGGACGGUGGCAUCUUUCUAAGGUUUUUUUUAUUUUCCCAGCAAUCAGUACAACCAAGUCAUCGUUAUAAGGCAUCGCCCUCUUUUGCCCACCCCCCCAGCACCAGGUGUGGCCACUAGCCUAUAUGAAGGCCCAAAAUUGUGUGUUCCUUUCUGCUCUGACAAUGGCAUGCCCAUUCGUGCGAGAUGUGGUGGAUGAAGAAGCACUUGUGCUGAGGAGAGCCUUCAGGCGAGAAAGGGUCUUCAGGGACCGGUUGGACCCACUGGCCUUCCCUGAUGACCAUCUAUAUGAAAGAUACAGGUUUUCUGCAGAUGGCAUCAGGUAUCUAUGCAGACUACUGGGUCCCAGGAUUAAGCACCGCACUGCACGGAGCCAUGCACUGAGUGUGGAGCAAAUGGUUUGUGUGGCGCUUUUUUGCUAGUGGAGCCUUCCUGUACUCAGUGGGGGAUGCAGAACAGCUGAACAAGGCCACAAUUUGCCGCACAAUAAGGAGUGUGUGUCUGGCUAUCAAAGCAUUAGCAGAUGUCUUCAUCUCCUUCCCUGGCCACAGAAGACUCUGUGACAUCAAAGAGGAGUUCUAUAGGAUUGCAGAUGGUCUGCAAUGCUGACUGUGUGAUCAGCAAUGUUGUGGCAAAAUGGCCUGGCUCAGUCCAUGACUCCAGAAUCUUUCGGGCCUCUGAAAUCUAUCAGUGCCUAUCACAAGGUGAAUUCUCUGGUGUGUUGCUGGGAGACAGGGGGUAUGGCUGCCAGCCUUUUCUCCUGACACCUUUCACAGACCCCAGGAAGCACAGCAGGCCUACAACCAUGCCCAUGCCAGGACCAGGGCCAGAGUUGAAAUGACCUUUGGCCUCCUGAAGGCACGCUUUCACUGCCUUCACAAAUUAAGGGUCAGCCCUGUUAGGGCAUGUGAUAUUACUGUGGCUUGUGCUGUCCUCACAAUGUGGCCUGCCUGAGGAAGGAGAGGGCCCCCAGAGUGCCACCAGCCAUGGACUGGGACAAUCCGGCAAUCUUCCCUGAUGACGACAGUGGUCGGCUGCUGAGGGACCAAUAUGUGUUGAAUUAUUUUAGUUAGUAUGUGUGCUUUCAAUUUUGGUUAAAUAUGUCCUGCGGUGGCAGAGGAAUUUGGGUUUUUUUGGGUUCGUUUUUGACGAAUUUGGCCUCUUAUGAUGUUUGUGCGGUAUACUGUGUGUAAUACAAGGCUGCAGGGAGGCUACUGCAUCCAUUCAUUUGUCUGUUCAGUUGAUGUGUAUGGAUUUGUCCUGCAUUUAUUUUAGUGUGCAGACAUGCAGGGUGUGUUAUAUACAGACCUUUGAAUGUGUAUGUAUCAUUUUGUAUAAUAUGCUUGGAUUCUGUGCUUUCCAUCUUGUAGAGUCACUGUGACUUCAGUUUCGAAAGGAGCUGAUGGUUUACCUGCUUUGUUUUGUCCUUAUUCAAUAAAGGAACAUAAUGUUACACAUUGUGUUUUUAUAUUCA